AUGACGCGAAUCUUCAACUUCAGUAAAGUUACUUCACUCAUUCCUAAAUGCAGUACCUUUUCUGAAGCCAAAAAGCUCGCAGGUCAAGAAUUCGUCCGUCAAUUUUUCCAAUCCAAUGAUGAAGUUCGGCAAUCUUUUACAAAAGAACUGUUUAGCUGGGCAACGAACAGUCUUCACAGCCAUGAGAUAGAUGAUCGUGUUGCAGCUCUUACAGGUCUGGCAUUUUACUUGAAUUUCAUCGAUAAAGAACCAGAAUUGCAAAAUUUAAUUGCGCAAUUAGAAAGAAUUUUACCAGCGGAGAAUAUAUUAAUCAUCACAGGAACAUCGUAUCUAUUUGAACAUAUUAACAGAAAGAUAUCAACGCCAUUUAUUCCGAGAUUAUUUGAAAGAUGUGCUUCUUGGAUUGCAACAAGACCAACGCCGCACGCUAUAUUAUCUUCAGCUUUGAUCAUGAAACGUUUAUAUUUCUGUAGCGCGUCGAAUACAACAAACUACAACUCGAUUUUAAGUUCUGUCGUAAAUGCUGCAUUCAAAUUUGAUAACCCGGAAGCCCAAAAUACUGCUGUUGAGUUAUGCAUGAUGAGCCUUUCAAGAAAUCCUUCUGUCGAUGAAGCAACAAAAGUUUUCAUUUCGGAUAGCAUCGUGGUCUUUGAAUCAAGGGCAAAUGGAAGUCCAGCGAUGGUACACGCAUACGGAUAUUUACUUCUACUUACUGCUUUAAUGAAAAACUACAGGAGAAUUACAACUCAAAGAUUUUCCGAUUUUUUCUCCUCAUUUUUAAACUUUUUGACCAGAAAUUUUGAUAAAUCGUUCAUAGAAUUUAUUGCAUUCUUCUGCGAAAGCUACAAACAAGGAACAAUCAAAUAUCUCAACGAAAUACAACAAAUUUUGAAAAAUUCUGAGAUAGAUUAUUCAGAAGUAACCGUUUGUACAAAUUUAUGCCGUAUAAUUAAAGUUUUUCCGGAAGAAUUUUGUGAAUACGCUUUUGAAGUGGCAAAAACGGUUUUACCGAAGUCGAACUCAUGUUUCUUUGAUAUAAUAAGUGCUAUACUAUCUGUACAAUACAAAAAAGUCGAUCAUCAAACGAUUUUUACAACAUUUACCUCAUCUCCUUUAUCUAUCUCUGUUUUACAAGCAAUGAACAAUUUCUUACUAUGUUUCCCUCAGUACACAUUCAAAUUCUUAGCAAUUUUGCAUCCUUUGAUUAAAGAAAUUUUCGAAAAAAAUCCGGAACGAAUAAUCAUUGCAUUAGAGGCUUUAAGACUAUUCUCCCGUCUUGUACAAUUCUCAUGUGAUGGAUAUUGGUCGUAUUGUACUAAAUAUUUAUCAGAUUCGAACAAAGAUAUCAGAAUUAAGACAAUAAGAGUUCUCUACGCCAUGUGCGAGUUGAACCAAAACCACAGGUAUGAAACAACCAUAAAUAUCUUAUUUAAUGGCCAAAAUGACCCAGAAAAAGACGUAAGAAUCAUAAUAAUGAAAGAAUUCCCUGAAUGGCUCUUGGAUACAUUCAGCGAUGCUUCCCUUGUAUCGCUCGUUGAACAGUACAUCGAUGACGUAAGUACUCACGUUGGAAUCCUCGCAAUUGAGUUAAUUGGUCGGAUAAGAAAGAAAUUCCCAGUUAAUACUUUAAGUACAUUUUGGACACGUAUAUCACAUAUGGAUGUAGAAUUCUUCCAUACAGAUUUAAUAAAUGAAAGGAAGAAAUUAAUUCUAAAAUUACCAUCUUUAAUCAAGAAUUCCGGGGAAUUUUCGAUACCAUUGUACAGCCAAAUAAUUGAUUUCAUCAGUACAUUGUUUCAGAAUCCUCCUCCUUUGCACCAAACUUUUGAAGAAAGAGUUAAUCAGCACCACGAUGAAAAAUGCGAUAGAUUGAUAAGGAUCUCUUGUCUCCAUGUCGUACAGGCCAUCGGUUACUCAUUAAACGAAGUCCUUCAUAAAGUUUCAAAACUUACAAAUGAUAUUAUUAACCAGUUAUACAUUAAUUCGCAUCCUACCUUCCAUAUCGAAGUACUGAGAACUCUCAGAUGCAUUUUCCGGUGCGUAAAUGUACUCCAUGAUACAGAUAUUAACGGAUUAGAAUUAAUCAACAAAUUAUUAAGUUUUAUACAGAACGAUCACAAUCCGAGCGUAUUAGAAGCAUUUACGACGUUGUUCGGAACCAUUGGACCGCUAGAUCCUUAUUGGUUCCACUCAACUGAGCCGAAACAAGUCACAAUCGACUCAUCGCAACUCUCUGACCCAUCCAAACGCGAGAAAUGUUACUUAGACUUCGUUAUGGGCUACAUUGUCGAUCAAUUACAAUCGAAAUCCAGAAAUCACGAGCCGACGACGCUUAUCAACGCUAUUGUUUACAUCUUUCAGUCCGAUGCAUCCAAUUGCCUUCAAUAUUUGGAUGUCAUCGUUAAAAUUUUCGUGAAUUUGUUCAAUGAACAAAAUUCAAGCCACGAAUCGCUAUUUCGAUUCCUCAGAUCGAUAAUAUUGCUUGUAGAUGUAGCAAUUCUGCCUCACGCUCAGUCAAUCAUGCAAAUUGUCCAAAAUUUCCUUCCAAAUGGCGUUUCUAUCGAAGCUGUCCGAACAGUUAACGCUCUUAUAUAUUCCCUCAAAUCAGAGUUCGGCCAAUUUGGCCUUCAAACGUUCAAAACCGUCAUUUCUGUCUUAAAUUCGAAAUCCGUAACUUCACAAGAGAUCAGAUCAUCAUUUCUACUAACUCUUACUCUUCUCACGAUCUAUUCCGACGGCUGCACACAGGAGUUCUUCACUUACAUCAGUUCCGCCGUUGAAAAUAAAGAUUCAACGAGUCAAAACGCGUUAAUGUACUUAAGUCAAGCGAUUGCGUCUGGCGGAAUGAAGCAAUUAGUACUGCCAAGCCUUAAACUGGCACUUUCGCAGGUAAAUGGGGCUCAAACAACUCAAAAUGCGAUUCAAUUGUUAUAUGUACUGAUUGCGAAGUAUCCUGAUACGAUAAUGAUGAUGCCUGUUGAUCUUAAAGGUAUAUCGCCGGUAUUAGAUGAGUUGAUUUCGACUGUAAAGCAGAAAAUUCAGAUUGAUCUUGAUAAAUCUCCAUUUGCAAAGCAGUUGCAGACCACUCCUGACCCGUAUUACCAAAGACCAAAGAUGCAGUUCGAUCCAAAGUCAGUCCAAUUAACAAUAGAACAAGGAAGAUUCAGAUCUACGGCAAGUGAAGGUAAUUGGACAGCCUGGGCCUUGAACUUCUCCCAAGAACUGGCUCUAUGUUCAAGAUCUCCUGCUAUAAGAGCAUGUUUACCCUUGUUAAUGUCGUCGACAACACUUCAUCUCAAUAUUUUCCCAUUGAUAUUCCUUAGCGUAUGGGAGAAUACGUCUGCUGAAGAGAGACAACAGCUUUCCAACUACAUAAGAUCGAUUAUUUCCCAAAAUGUCCCUCAAAUGAUCCUUCAUUUGGUUUCUGCAACAUGCGAAUCACUCGACAGAGCGAAUUUCUCACUAUUUCCAGACGAACCGCUCUUGCCAGGCCAGAUCUCCGAAAGAUGUAACUCCUGGUUCAGAGCUCUGAGAUUUUACGCUUCAAUUCCAAAAAGUGACACUCUAUUUUUGAAUUGCCUCAGAAUUGAAACGCAACUUAAGCGAAAAGAUUGUGCAUUAGGAUUACAAAUGAUGGUACCUCAGGAAUGCACAAAUUGCGAUUUAUUGGAGAAUUUGAACAUGUGGUCGAAAGCAAGGGAAAUUUACAUGAUUAGAUAUAAGGAGAAUGACAGGAAUGACCAGUAUUUGAUAGGGCUCCUCAAAUGUUCCGUUCCUAUGGACGAUUGGGACGUAAUUUGCGAAAGAUUCCCAGAAUUUCCAACUUACUCCAAGAAGAUGAAACAGGAGCUCGGAACAGUAUUUGGAGCAGCCGCAAUCUCGAAAGGAAUCGAUGAAAAGCCUUAUUUCGAGAGCGUUAUUGAAGAUGAUCCAAGUUACUGCUACUGGAGAUGCAUUGCAAGCAUAAAGAAGAAAGACCUCGAAGAAGCAACUAACUGGAUAUCAAGAGGAAGGAACUCAAUCGUUAGAAACGAAGAAAUUUUCGCAAGUGGAAAUUAUGAGCCGGCAAUUCCGACCAUCUGCUACAGCAUGAUAUUCGAGGAACUCAAUGAUGUAAUAGACAGCUUCAAUAAAGGCCCAGAUCCCAAAGUUCUCAAUUUAUGGUCGGAUAAAUUAGACUAUUUAGCGAGAGAUCCGACAUGGCUGAGGAUGGUUUCGCGAGAAAGAGCGUUAUAUAACGCUAGCGAUGAAGAACGGCUCGGAAUGAGAUUAAUUUUCAUCAAUUCCUUAAGAAUGCAAGGCGAAUGGGAGUUGUUUGACAAGCUUAGCCACAUAUACUUGCCGGAUAACGACCCUAGAGUCCGUUUGCUGUACGCAAAUGUCAGAUUUGACCGAGGAAUCACGAAAGACACUUCAGAACUCAAAACUCUUAUCGAAGACCUUAAGAAGAACGGACCUCUCGAUGUAUACUGCAACGCCGUUUGUUCAUUUGCCAGUCGAACGAAAGAAUUAAGUAAUUUACUCGAAAUGUUGAACGACGUUAUCAAGCACCAGCCAAAUAACUGCAAGGCGUGGAAGUACUUUGCGUAUACCAACCUCAGUUUGUCCGGAUUAGAUGAAAAAGACUCUCAUAUCUACGCAAAUAACGCAAUGAAGGGAUUUAUCUCUUUAAUCGACCUGAAGAGUGGCGCAAUGCAUUAUCUAUGCCAGUUGUGUUCCAUUUUCUUCAACAACGCGAAGAAAUUACCGGAUUUCGAUCUGGCAAACGAAAGAUUAAUGAAAUUGCCACCAGAAAGUGUCGAUAAAAUCAUGCCACAGCUAUUAACUCAACUAUCCCAUACUUGCGAAAGCUGUAGAAACGUCGCUUUCAAGAUAAUUGAAAAAUUAGCCGAUGAAAACUAUCAUGCGCUUUCGUAUUCCCUUUCAUUGAUAAGGAAAUUGGAUCCUUCCUCUGAAUGCAUAAGUCUUAUCGAUAAAAUCGAAGCGAAAAACAUCUCAAUUUCGCAAGAUUUGCAUUCAUUCACUGAAUCAUUGAUUUACGUGGCCGUUCUUCCUUUCGAACUCUUCCUUUCACUACUAAAUAGACUAAAUGCAGCUUCAAACCAGUUGGAUAAGAAAUUAAUGGCAAAUAUUAUCCAGGAAGUGCUCAAAUUCCAUCAGACGUAUAACGAAUCGAAUAAUGAAUGGAUGAGGAAGUGUGUAAAUCUCGAUUUUUGGAAGAAAAUCGCUAAUUUCUCAGAAAAUUCAGAUGAAACUCAAAUAGGAAGCAUUUUCUCAUCAACGAAGAAUAUAAUUAGCAGAUUGACCUUGUUAAUCGACCAAAUUGAUACAAUUGACGUAAAUGAUUUCGAUAUAAAACUAAGUAAACAGAAAUCAUUCUCGGUUGCAAUUCCAGGACUCAAUUGUAUCAGCCAGAAGCCGAUUCUCGUAUCACACGUCCAUCAUAUAUUGAAAACAAUGCCUUCUGCUCAACAUCCACGAAAAAUGUCGAUUGUUGGUACGGAUGGCAUCACUUACAAGUAUCUUUUGAAGGGCGGUGUAGACUUAAGACUCGAUUUGCACGUAAUGCAGUUGUUUUCGCUGAUUAAUUCAAUUUUGGUCGAAGAUAAAUUUGGCGAUGAGAUGCAUUCCUUGAUACAUUUGUACGGCGUAACACCUCUUUCGAGGCAGAGCGGUCUCAUUUCUUGGGCUGAAGGAGGAAAAACGUUGUAUUCGCUCAUUAAAUGGUACAGAAAGCUCCGAAAAUUCCCAUUGACCGCGGAAAGCAAAGUAUACAUGGACUUCCUUCCGAAAGGCAAGGAAUCGUCUUUGCUGCUAACGAGGAUCCAGAGAUUGGAAAUUUUCAAUGAAUUAGUUGAAGCGGCUCCAUCCGACCAAUUAAGACAAGUCCUCUGGCUGAAGUCUCCUUGUGCAGAAUCAUGGCUUAUACAAGCUACAAACUUCGCUAGAUCGACUUCUUUGAUGUCAUUUGUCGGAUAUAUUAUCGGACUCGGCGACAGACAUCCAUCAAACAUAUUGGUGAUGGAGAAGAGAGGCAAUGUAGUCCAUAUCGAUUUAAGCGAAGUGUUCGAAAAGGCUGCAUUAAGGAAAACAGCAAGAGAAGUUGUUCCUUUCAGACUUACGAGGAUGAUUGUUGAUGCUUUAGGUCCUUCUGGUGUUCAUGGUGUUUUCUCAAUCACAGCAAGAAACGUAAUGAACGCAUUAAGAAGAAAUCAAUCAACAAUUUUGGCUUUCUUGGAUAUUUUCACUAAAGAAAACAUUGUUGACAUGAUCUGGUACCAGAAUGAUGACAAUGAUGAUGCAGAUAAAGAGAAAUCUUCCCUCAAAAAGGCAAUUUCGAAGUUGGAAGAUAAACUAAAUUUCAGAGAAUUUGGAGAAGAAAAUCCUGACACAGACGAACACGUGUCAAAGCUGAUAUCAAUAGCUACUGAUCCAAUGAACCUCUCUCAGAUGUAUCUUGGAUGGUCUGCUUAUUGGUAA